AUGGAACUCUCGGUUUCGUUUAUAGGUCACCUCGUCAGACGACCGGUCGUUGCCCGCGACUCUCGCUCUCGUUGGGCCACAAGGUGUCAACGGUUGGCCCGCCCUGAUUCCGUUCAUCCUGGGACCGCUGACCGCUACCCGGGAUUGACCAAUCUGCCGCCUCAGGAACCAAAAAAUAAAAAAGACUCAAAGGAGUCUGGGGCUGGAGCCUCAAAAUUAAGAAAAUAUAUUUACCAUGAAGCACUGCAAUUCCUAGAAAAGGUAAGAGUGCAUGCCGAAACUACGUCAAAUAUCCAAGGGGAAGGUCAACAAGACGACACUGUUGAUGAAUCUGGGGUCGACUCUCAAAACACUCAACAAACUACAAAUACUGUACCUAAUACGGUCUACAAACCUUCGAAUGUUGCUCCAAAAAAGAAGAAGAAAAUGGACGAUUUCGAGUUAAGGAUGCUGAAGGUGGUGGAAACCCCGCAACAAGAUGGAGAUCGACAUCUUUCCUUUUUUAAAGGAAUAAUUCCUUCCAUUUCCAAAUUCAGCGAGCCACAGAUUGUAGAGUUUCAGUUGGGAGUACUGCAAUUGGUUCAAAAAAUGCAACAAACCACACCACCAACACAGGUACCACAUAAUAUUGUCCAUUAUCAACAGCCACUUUCGAUUCAAGUACAACAACAACAACUAUUCGAUCAACAACAACAGUACAUGCCGAUGCAUCAACCCAACACAGGUUGUAAUACUAAUAGGUAUGCUGCACUUGCACAACAACCAUGUAGUUCCACCAUGGUUACACAGUACCAUCAGCAACUUCAAGAGCAAGCUAAACUCGUCCCACCUAUCUACAACAAGCUGUACAACAGGCUAGGCCUAGUCCGGCCGAAUCAGAUCUAACACAGAUGGACAAUAUGUCACCUGACGACAGUGACGUCGUAUACUCUCCCAGUUCCGAUUUGUUUUAAUGAAAAACGUUAUUGCAUAUGUACAGCAACAUAAAGUUAGGUGGAGGGUACUCUUACUG